AUGUCGGUCCGAACGGAGGCGACAGCAGCCACUCUGGAGCAAGUCGGCGAUGUGCGUCUGGAGUUUGGCGAAGACUCUGAGAGCUGUGGAGAAAGCUCUGACGUCUCUAUGUUGGCAAGCUCUCAUCUGCUCCGCUUGGCUUCCCCCGUGUUCAACGGCAUGCUUCAGAGUGGCAUGAAGGAAGCACAGCAGAGCGUCAUAAAGGUGGUCGUGGCCACCAAGCAAGAAUUCAUGACCUUCUAUAACUUGCUCGGACUUUGGGCAUGGAGCACCGACAAAGUGACGAAGGACAAUGUGGAUUCGCUUCUUGCAAUCAGUGAUUACUACCAGGUGGAUAUCAUCAAAGACGCCUGCGUGAAGCUGCUGCUUACUCUCCCAGUCACUGGCGCUCGCCUCCUGCAAGCGCACAAGCACGGUCUCAAGGAGCAAUACCAAAGAUGCAUUGAUCAUCUGGCCGGGAACAGCACCAAUGAGGACCUGACGGUGCUCCGAUCCGAGCCAGACAUUUUGCUUGAGGUGGCCCUCAGAAAGCAAGAAGUCUUGAAUCCGAGUCUGAUUCUCAAGAGAGCACGGAAGGAGAUCGAAAAAUGCAGAGAGGCAGCCAUUUUUGAUUCUGAUUCUUCUGAUGAUGAGGACGACGCGAAGAAUCGAAAGCGAGUGAAGAAAGUCCUCACACUGGUGCUGACCGCUUUGAAGUGA